UGACAGCGGAUGGUCAUUCAGUAGCGCUGUUGUCAGGCAAAACCACAGUGGAAGAGUGGCUGGAAGUAUUUAACAGAUUCCGCAACGGCAAGGAGAAACUGCUGAUAGUAGCUGGUGUCAGUGCUAGAGGCAUUGAUGUGGAACAGGUAAGUACGCGUUGGCUUCCAUAAGUAUUACUCAAGACCCUAAAGGUCCUGGGGUUUUGUUUUGUAUUAUUUUGUUUUACCAGCUUUUCUGAACACAGGCCUGCCCAGAGGGAAUAGACACUAACGGGACUCAUAGGUCCUAUGCAAGGUGCCAUCCCUACCCAAUCCCACAAUCCGUAAAGGUUGGCCACACCACCGGGGUCUACGUCCCCUACUUUUUUUGAAUAGUGUUGUGGGUUCUUUUACGUCCCACAUGAACAAAUCAGUAAAAGUGCUGUCAGACGGGACCUACGGUUUUUCGUCCUUAUCUGAGAAGACUAGAAAGUCUAACCAUUUGCAGAUGUCAUUACAAAGGUAGCACUUUCUUCUCAGUUACUUAAAGACUCUGCGUGUUGGUCUGGUUUGAACCCGCAACCUUCUGCUCGACAGACCGGCACUCUCCCAACUGAGCUAACCAGGUGGUGGGUGGAAAGAACCGGAGGAUCAUUGGCUCUCCCCCCUCCCCCUUCCCUUUCCCAUACGCUUACACUUUUUCUCCUUCUCUUUGCCCUGUUCCAAACAGAGAACCCGGGUCUCCCCCCUUUCCUAUCUUCUCCCGUCAGCUUGCGCUUUUUCUUUUUCUUUUCUUUGCCCUGUUUCCAAGCAAGAACCAGGGUAGGUACUGUACAUUACUCCCUAGAAAUUUGGGUAGGGAUGUAUGGUAUAUAAUAUGCUCCUUAACUUACCCUAUUUUAGACCAUAGUGAUUGGGCCAGUUUUGACAUUUUGAUUCUAUGCCUGCAAAAACUACCAAAAGGUUAUUAAUUUCAGUGCUCACUGAUGAAAUUUGUUUGAUAUUCCCUUCAUAACUCCAUAGGAACAUUUUUCGUAUGGAUUAAGAAACUACGUAAUGACUAGAGCACAGAAGAGAUUCCCUCGUUACAUAGCCGCCCUCCCCAUUCCCUAGUGGAGCCAGUGCCCUUAGUAAUACAAUGUUGUUUUAUUUUUUGUUUUGUUGCUAUAGGUUACCAUCGUAGUUAAUUACGAUAUGCCAGUUGGGCCCUCAGGUGAACCUGAGUACAAAACAUACUUACACAGGAUCGGCAAGACUGGCCGGUUUGGCAAGAACAGCAUUGCCGUCAACUUCAUUGAUGGU